AUGGCGUUGAUUGUGGCAGCUACACAGCAACUCCCAAACAAGUCCUGGGGCAAAUAUCCUGAUGUUGUGACCCUUCCAGAAGGACUGCGGGGAGAUUAUAUAAUUCUAAGGAACCCCAAACUUUCUGGGUUUGAAUUAAUGAUUGUUUGGAAGAUACAUAUGGAUGAAGAAGGGAGAACUACGCCUGUUCUGGACCUUCUGACCAAAGUACCGGAGCAAGCCUUGGAGCAGAAGAUGGCAGCUAUUGAAAAUGCCCCCACCCGCUUCCGAAGCAUGCUGCUUCUGUUUGGGAUUGAGACAGCUAUCGAGAAUCUGAUCAAAGUGGUUGGCUUGGAAAAAUGAAUACCAGCAUUACUUACAACAGGUAGCAAUUUCAAAAGUAGUUUUAAUUAA